AUGGAUCCCACUCUACGCACGAAGCUCAUCCGUCAUUGUGGUGCAACACCAAAGCAGAAGGAUCCAGUGGCGUUUUUGGACCAAGGGACCUCAUUUUCGGUCGACAACCAGUAUUAUAACCAAAUUGCUCAGUAUAGAGGAGUGAUGUUAAUAGAUCAGGAGCUAACGUUGGAUGACUCGACUGCUGGUAUUGUUGCUGCUCUGGGAAAGGACGAGGACUUGUUCAUGAAGAAGUUUGGUGCUGCGUUGGUGAAACUGGGGGGCCUUCACGUUAUUGAAGGCAAAGCCGGGGAGAUUAGGAAGGCUUGUGGUGUUGUCAAUGGGGGGUUCAAAUCUUCUUUUAGCAAAUUGACUGGGGGUAUUGAUUAA